CCAAGCCUGACCGCCAUCACCGUUCAAAUACCUGGACAAUUACCGCAGCUACGUCUACACUCAUCUCGGGUCCCUUGCAUGCUCUUGUACCUGUUCACUAGAUCCCCCGUUCUCCCUCUUCGACACACCCUCAGCGUCAUGUCGUCUCCGCGGUCGUCUCCCUCCGCUUCUGCAGCAGGCACAAAAAGAAGUGCCUCGCCAUCGCUAGCCGCAGCUCCAGCUGCCACCUUCUAUUCCGCCGGGCCACAAGCUUCACCCAAUGCUAAACGCCCCAAGCUUGCAGAGGAUGACAAGGCAGAGCAGGCAGAGAAGACGGACCAGGAUGCCGACGAAGUCAAGGGUACCGCCGCAUCAGCUUCCAAAGACAGCCUUGCUCCACCUCCUCGGCGUCCCCUGGAAACGGCCGACUCCUUCGAUGACCUAGACGGAGAGGCGGAAGCUCUGAUAGCAGCAGCAGAGGCAGCCGAGAACCUCGACGCUCGUCCAGCAGCCCCGGCCAAGAAUGGUACAUCCAGCUCCACGGCAGCGAAACCGCCAGCAUUUCCCACUACCUCCUCCUCAUCAUCCACUACCUCUUCAAAUGACCCAUUCGCCCUGGAGCGCUCCACAAUGGAUCCCCUCUGGUUCUCCCGCCUAGAGCCCGAGAUGCACAAACCUACCUUCCGUUCCCUCAAGAAUUUCCUAGAAGCAGAAAAGAAGCAAAGACAGACGGUGUACCCACCUGAGAAGCUCAUACAUAAUUGGAGUAGGCUGACGCCAUUGGAUAAGGUCAAGGUGGUCGUGGUGGGGCAGGACCCUUAUCACGGACCGGGGCAGGCGUGCGGGAUGUCCUUCUCUGUGCCCAAAGGUGUGCCGGUGCCAGGCAGUCUGAAGAACAUCUACAAGGAGCUCUCCGACGAGUAUCCGGGCAAAUUUAUUGCUCCCAAGCACGGCAACCUGGAGUCAUGGGCCUCCCAAGGCGUACUCCUCCUCAAUGCCUCCCUCACAGUCCGUGCUGGGCAAGCCGCCUCGCACCAUGGCAAAGGCUGGGAGCCCUUUACGAAAGCCAUACUUCAGCUCGUCAAGGACGAAGCCCUACGAGGGACAGGGAGUGGUGGUGGAGGAGGAGGAGCAGCUGCAACAGGAAGUGGCGGAGGAGCAUCAGCGCAGAGCUCCAAGCUGAUGGGAAUGUUCAAGAAGCAGGGUGCGAAGCUGGAGGAGCCUCCUGCCAAGCCCAAGCCCAAGGAGGGGAACGAAAAGCCGGAGAAGGAGACGAAGGAGAUGGCUUCGGGCGAGGCACCAGCGGGGGCGGUGGCGGCGGGGGCAUCUUCUAGCAGUAAGGGGGUGGUGUUCCUCGCAUGGGGUCUACCGGCCGCAAAGACACUUGCGGAAGCUGGGAUCACAGAGAAAACCUCAUCCAACAUCCUCCUGCUCAAAUCUCCACACCCCUCCCCUCUCUCUGCCCACCGGGGUUUCCUAGGGAAUGGGCAUUUCAAAAAGGCAAAUGACUGGCUUGAAGCGCCGGGAAGGUAUGGCAAGGGGGGCGGGAUCCAGUGGGAAAAGCUAUAGCUACAGUCCAGUGAGGGGCAGGGAGAAAGACGAUAGGACUCCGGACAUCCUCGAUGUAUUACUGUACUUGCACCCGCAGCACUAGCAGCAGCAGCAUUUUCAGCGACUGUGACUUCGCUUCUUUUACAUCUAGAUGAGCUUAUUCUCGAUCCUCCUCUCCUCACGCAGCUUGCUCAACUGCUCCAGCACCACAUCCACCUUGACCGUCUCGUCAUUUCUAACCUUUU